AUGAGCGACUACACCGUCGACUCUGAAGACACGGAGCGUUACUCGAGCGACAUCGUCGCGCCUCUCAACAUCUCGAAGUCCCCCAGGAAGUCGCACAUCAGCGCCUACAGCCACAGCCGCCAAUCGUCGCGAGCUCUCUCGAUCCAAUCGCAGUCGCACUCUCAGAUCUCCCCUCCAUUGACUCCUACAACAGCUGGCGACUCAAUGACACGGCAGCUUCCUGCCCAGCCGGUCUUCCACCACUACCUCCGCGCCUUUUACCACUACGUCCCGGCUUCCACGGUGUGUUCGUCGACAGACGAAUCUUCGAUAACGGUAGCGAUCAAGCAGGGCGACGUCAUCCUGGUGCAUUCGGUACACCCCAAUGGCUGGGCUGAUGGCACAUUACUCGGAUCUGGAGCACGUGGAUGGCUGCCCACGAACUACUGCGAACCCUAUGACCAUCCUACUAUCCGCAACCUACUCAAUGCACUGACACAUCUUUGGGAUCUUGUUCGAGAUGGAGAGGGUGGAAACCUGGUUGCCUUUACCAAGCAGGACUAUGUUAGGGGAAUGAUCGCUGGUAUACGGUUCUUCCUGGAAAGGACCGACUGUCUAUCAAGAGACUCGCAUCUAGUCUUGGCGCAUAUUGGCUUGCGGCGCAUGCGUAAAGGGCUUCUCGGUGAUCUAUCAACACUCGUAAAGACAGCGAAGAAGCUACAAGAGUCGCUUCAAUCAACUGACGAUGCUGUACCAGUGUUUGAUCUGCUCGACGAGCUCGUGCUUAAGGCGUUCAAGCUGGUAACACGAGCAGUCCGUUUUCUUGACAUAUGGGCAACGGAUGCGGUGUCGUUAUCGUUCCAGCUGAAAGACAAGGAGACACAACGCCCAUUGACACCGCCAGCCGACUCUGCUGAUAAUGCCGUACUACCAUUGUCAGCGCUUACUCCAGCAGAGGAUGAUGACUCGUCAGCCAAUCAACGCAGCUCUCUGGUAGUACAAGCGCCCGGUUUGGCGCGCGAUGACCUGGACACCACACCUCAGUCAGCGCGGAUCCUCAGUCGUCUCUCUGUUGCAUUCUCAAUACCCUCUGAACCAGAAUCGUAUCAAUCGCCUAUACUACCCUCUCAGCUCCAGACACAAGCUCAGAGGCUUUCUGUCACCCACCGCCUGUCGUACACAGGAGCAUCGCCAGGUGCUCGGAAGGAAAACCUUGCUUCGGAGCGGCUGAACGCUGCACAAGACUCGUUUCUGGGAUUCAUUGGAUCUUUCAUCGGGUUACAUCUCCAGUCCCGGUCCUCGGAAGAGCUGGCUCACAUCACUCAAGAAUCUGUUGUUGCGUGUCGCCAGCUCCUCACCAUUGUCGAAGAAGUAUGGGAACGCGACUCAAAGAGAUCGAGUGCUCUGGAAGAAUCACGCGACACAAUGUACUUGCGACUUACCGAACUGGUGCAGGCUACAAAGGACAUGUUUAAUUCUUCAGAUACCGACAUGGACGAAGCAGUCUUCACACCAAGCUCAGGGAAACAGCUUGUUGCUGCUGCGACUAGCUGUGUCCGAUCUUCUGGUGACUGUGUCGCUAAAACUCGUCUUAUCAUCGAGAAGAUUGGAGACUUUGAGUUCGAAGUGGUCGGUUUAGGACUAUCACAACCGAUCUUCGAACAAGUCGAACUUGACCAAUCCGAAGAAGAGAAGGCGACACGGAAGGCCCCAGAGCCUACACUGGAGACCGACAAGCCUUUACCUGCGCCACCAGUUGAAGAGCCACAAGCAUUAGUACUUUCCGUGACAUCCGAGUCGAAACCCCUGCCAGACAUCCCUCAGUCGCCCUCAGAGACGGACAGCCUAGAGUUGCCACCCGCUAUACCUGCUGUCAUUGCAGAGAGCAUGGAGAGCUCGACAUCAACGUCUUUUACGUCAUCGUUGCAGUCUGUCAAUGAAGAUUACGCCACCACGCCGGACCAAUCCGUGGCACAUGAGCUCACAGGAAGCCCAGCAAGCACUACAACACCAACUACCAAAACUGCUCGCAGUGAUAGCGUCAAUGCCUCGGUGGCUGACUCUAGCAGCACGUUUAACUUCAGUAUUGGGAACGAAAGUGUGGUCUCUCAUACUUCCACCCGGGCUACUACUCCAGAUCACUUGUCCUCCAAGAAUCAUGCUUUGCUAAGUAGCUUUGGCAGCUCUUCUGAGCUCCGAUCCUUGGUGAACGAAGACGUCGCAGCUGGUGAAGAACACUUGCUCGAGACCACUUAUGUUCAUGAGCUCGUCUACAACAAGGAAGGUCAGAUCUCUGGUGGUUCCCUUCCAGCCCUUGUCGAGCAGCUCACAACUCAUGAAUCUACUCCGGACUCCGUCUUCGUCACGACCUUCUAUCUUACCUUUCGCCUCUUCACUACGCCUGUCGAGCUGGCACAAACUCUUAUCGAUCGCUUCGACUAUGUUGGUGACAGCCAGGCAGUUGGUGUUCCAGUUCGGCUCAGAGUAUACAACGUAUUCAAAGGCUGGCUUGAGAGCCAUUGGUCAGCCGAUAGCGAUUCGGCCGCUCUAGGCUUAGUCUUGUCCUUUGCCACUGGGAAGCUCCGAUCUGCUCUGCCCACAGCAGGUAAACGUCUUGCAGAGCUCACAUCUAAGGUCACCGAGGUUCGCGCAGGCGCUCUUGUGCCCAGACUCGUCUCUUCUAUUGGCAAGACCGGUAUCUCGCAUACGAUGUUCUCAUCCAACGACAGCAAUGCGCCAUCUUCAAUCAUUACGAAGAGUCAGCUUAAUGCCCUGAGAUCGAGCAAAGAAGGCCGUACGCAAUGCAGUAUCCUCGAUUUCGAUCCCCUGGAGUUGGCUAGGCAGUUCACCAUCAUUGAGUCGAAGUUGUUCUGUGACAUUCAACCAGAAGAACUCCUGGCCUUGGAGUGGACCAAGAAGAGCGACUCUAAGGCCAUCAAUGUCAAAGCAAUGUCCAAACUGUCGACCGACCUUGCCAAUUUGGUUGCGGACACGAUCCUUCAUCUUGAGGAUGCGAAGAAGCGAGCUGUCAUGAUCAAGCACUGGGUCAAGAUUGCUGCGAAGUGCUUAGAGUUGAACAACUACGACUCUCUUAUGGCUAUCAUCUGCUCUCUCAACUCAUCUAUGGUUAUGCGCUUAAAGAAGACUUGGGAACUUGUCUCAGGAAAGACAAAGGUUCGCCUUGAAGAGCUCAAAGCCAUCACCGACGUUGGACGUAACUAUGCCGUCCUUCGUCAGCGACUACAUAAUCACGUCGCACCUUGUAUUCCAUUCGUUGGAAUCUAUCUUACUGAUCUCACCUUUGUCGACGUCGGUAAUGGUACUACUCGCCAACUUCCUGGCGACUCAGGAUCCGACAGCAUGUCCGUGAUUAAUUUCGACAAGCACAUGAAGACAGCGAAGAUCAUUGGUCAGCUGCAAUCGUUCCAAGUCCCUUACCGUCUUGCUGUCAUCCCUGAGAUGCAGGACUGGAUGGAGACGCAGAUCCAGCGAGUCCGAUCGAGCGACCAGGCCAAUGUUCAGAGCUACUACCGUCGCUCUCUCCUUCUCGAGCCACGAGAGCUCCAACAUCCUACUCGAGGAUCCCCUUCUGUGGACACCACCGCUCAAAGCACACUCACAGUCGAGAGUCGUAACACUUCGAGGGACAAAUUCGAUUUCCUCAACUUCAACUUCUCAAAUAACAGCCUGAUGAAGGGCUCAUAG